AUGAUAACUGAUGUUGAUCGUGCCGCUAAUCAGUUCGGUGGUACCUCGAAAAGAAUCCGAAGAAUGUCAAGCUGUGACUGGGAAAUACCAAGUGGAGAAGCAGGCAAAUUUGCGCUUGUUAAGGAUACACCCGAGGGUUUCAAGGCACGAAUCAAUCUGAACUACUUCGCUGACUAUAAACCCGAGGAAAUCGACGUACGCGUCUAUGGAUAUGACCUCCAAAUUCACGCAGACCAAGAGGAACCCACCUAUCCGAAUCUGCCUCGAAGGCGACUCUCACGUCAAUAUCGACUUCCCGAUGAUACGGAUUUGGAAACAGUCAGAAUGAAGCGUACUGGAAAUAGCGUCAAUGUGGAGGCCAAAAAAGUUGGUGAAAGUUCUCAUUGA